GCCGCUCCCAGGGGACCGAUGGCUUCGGAGGGCCUGGCAGGGGCGCUGGCGGCGGUGCUGGCGGGCCGGGGCCUGCGCGUGCAGGGCUGUGACUCGGGGCCGGCCGGGGAGCCCCUGGCGCCGGCGCGGCUGCGGAAGAACGUCUGCUACGUGGUGCUGGCGGUGUUCCUCAAUGAGCAGGAUGAGGUGCUACUGAUCCAGGAGGCCAAGAAAGAGUGCCGUGGGUCGUGGUACCUACCCGCAGGGAGAAUGGAGCCCGGGGAGACCAUCGUGGAGGCGCUGCAGCGGGAGGUGAAGGAGGAGGCCGGGCUGCACUGCGAGCCCCUGACAUUGCUGUCUGUGGAGGAGCGGGGCACUGCCUGGAUCCGCUUUGUGUUCCUCGCUCGCCCCACAGGUGGAAUUCUCAAAACUUCUGAGGAGGCAGAUGCAGAAUCCCUGCAGGCUGGCUGGUACCCACGAACCUCCCUGCCCACUCCGCUGCGGGCCCAUGACAUUCUGCACCUGGUAGAGCUAGCUGCCCAGUAUCGCCAGCAAGCCAGGCAUCCUCUUGUUCUGCCCCAAGAGCUUCCCUGCAGUCUGGUCUGCCAGCGGCUCGUGGCUACCUUUACCAGUGUCCAGACAGUGUGGGUGCUGGUGGGCACAGUGGGGAUGCCUCACCUGCCCAUCACUGCCUGUGGCUUCACCCCCAUGGAGCAGAGAGGUGGCAUCAAGAUGGCCGUCCUGCGGCUGCUGCAGGAGUGUCUGACCCUGCACCACUUGGCAGUGGAGACCAAGGGGCUGCUUGGACUGCAGCACCUGGGAAAAGACCAUACAGAUGGCGUCUGCCUGGAUGUGCUGGUCACAGUGGCUUUUCGCAAUCCAGGCAUCCAAAACGAGCCCCCGAAGGUGCGGGGUGAGAGCUUCUUUUGGUGGAAGGUGAUGGAGGAAGACCUACAAAGCCAGCUCUUACAGAGGCUUCAGGAAUCAUCUGUCGUGCCAGUCAACAGAUAGGAAGGUGCCGUCACUGGGCAAGGAGCUGGGCAUCUGUGCUCCUCUCCGCCAUGGCUUUGCCUCCCUCUGAGGAAGGCAGGAGGUUGGCAGUCAGGGAUCUUGUUGCAUUGGGAGCAGGGUAGUUCUUCUGGCUCUCAGGGGCACUUCCAUCUCUCCUCACUGUGGAGCAGGUCCCUACAUUGUACCAAAAGAGACAGUGCCUUUCACCAAGCAAGGAGUCCAGAGCUCAAGGACCCAAUUGCCCUGAGGGCACUACUCCCUAAGGGGAUGUGAGAACUUUCUGAACCUGAGAUGGCAUCUACUCAUCAUCUUCUGUGCCCACCCGCCUUGGUAAAGCUCCACAUCUGGGGUCUCAGGCACUUAAGACAUGGAGAGGAUGCUGGGGGAGGUCUUUCCAAGGGAGUGGGCCCCUUGCUGAGUAAAUAGGUGUUCCUUACUUUGC